UUUGGUUUUAUUGAGGUUUAUUCACAAAGAAACUCAACACAAAUAUAGAACGUAUAUUGUAAACACAGUGUUCUUGCUGUUAACAGCACAUUUGCAUAUCAUCUUUUGUUUUCAGUGAACCAUCAUUCUUAGGAGAGAAACACUUAUCAUACAUUUUAUUAAUUGCAAUGGGACGCGUUCUCCCAACUAAUGUAUAACGGCCUUGGACCUUAUAGUCAGACACACAAACCGCGGAUGAAAUCUGACAAGGGACACUAGCACAUGCGCAGACGCCGAUAACCGCUAUCGCUAUCGUUACCAAGGGAAAUAUGAUUGAUGAAUUAUUGAUGAUAUUAGCUCCAUUCACUCUGAUGCCUCGCUGGUUAUAUUGACAUACAUUUAUGGAUAUUUAAUCUUACGUGUCCCGCUCCCUGUCACGGCUAUACUUCCAUGUCAAGUCAUGUAAGGAAUGUACUAAUGUAUUGUAUUCUACAGCACACGGGCCCAUUAGGGUCGUGUAAUCCUAUUAAUAACCCACAUGUACUAUAUUAAGGUACAGUGCAAUCGACGUUGCAAGGCAAGCCAAACGGAGUACACAGAGGACACGCCAGUGAAUAACAUUAUUCAGUAAUUGAUAUGCAAAAGCUGAAAAAUGAAUAAAAACCAUUUUCGAAGCUAAUGACAAUUAGAUGCGGUAGGGCCCUUCAAUGACUCGUCAGUGAUGUUAGGGACAUCGUACAGCUAUUUCGUCCUUCUAGGACUCAUCAGUGAUGUUUGAAAGAUCGAACAGCUAUUUCGUUAUUCUAGGACUCGACAGUGAUGCCAGGGACAUCAUUCAGCUAUUUCGUCUUUCUUGGACUCAUCAAUGAUUCGAAAGGCCUAUAGUGUUGAGCUACCAAAAAUAGAAAUAGGUCGAAAGAAAUGAGAAGUACAAAAAAAAAAAAAACAAUAAUUAAAUCAAUUAACUUUUUUUUUUAAAUAUUGGAUAGCAACGUUAAGGUCGUGUGAAUAUUCUGAACAAGGUUACGACAAACAACGGGAACUUAAAUGUCUAACAUCAGUGUCUACAACCUCGAAGGAUUUUACAAAAGUCACACAAGUUACCUUACAAAACAAAACUGAGAGUCAGGUACGGAGACACACUAACACUAUACUUUAAUCAAUUUAGGCGAUUUAGGAUAUUAGAUAAUAAGUACAACAGAUUUCUCCUACAGGUUUGACAAUUUGCUCUCUAGAAAACGCUUGUAGGUAAUUGUCAUAACAACGUGCAACCGUCAUUUAAUGUAAAUAGGGCUUGCCAAACGAAGCCAUUUCACCUCCCCUCAGGAAUAAGUACAGUUUUCUCUGGAAGAUGCCUGAUGUCAUUCUACAUAGCUUAUUACUCACGUUUAGUGUGGGCUGGGAAGGUGUUGUGACGAAACAUUGAAUUCAUAUGUAUUCACCUGCAUCGAGAUAUUACUGUGAAUGGACUUGCUCGAUAACAGAAUAUACUGAGUUUGAGCAUAUCUAUUUUAACGUGAAAGAAGUCAUAUCAAUUAAGUUUCUGUGUCACAAUUUUCCAAGAUACCUAUUAAUGAUAAAGCUAGGGAUUGAAAAUAAUUAAUUCUGUUUGUCGGGUGGCGAAGUGGAUGUCGCACCGGCCUUUCACUAUGGAUUGUUUUCUCCAGAUAAAUCGACCCCUCCCUCACCCCCUCACCCCAGACAUACAUUUUGAACCCACUUUUGCGCCUCACUCACCUUAAGUUCACCUGUGUGCUUGAUGUACUUUCUAUAACCUGUUUCAUAACUGUUGUAAAAUAACGUUAAAAAAUACACCAGCGGAAAAAAUAAACGCAAGUUCGGUUUUCUAAUAUAGCUUUAAGAUGCGUGGUCUAAAUCCGAUAUAAUUUCACACUUAGUAUUAUAUAAUGCCAAUACCAAUCUUGGAUAAAAAAUCUUCUUCUAUCUUCAUUCAUUCUUGAUUUUAUGCAAAUUAACACUAAGUUGGUACAUGAAGGAGUAGGUCAAUAUGCAUGUAAAGUGAUCUAGGUAGUGGGACCUUUCUUUAAAGAAACGUUAUACCCACAUGAAUAUAAAGGACCUUUCAACAAGAUUUCUAGUAAAAAUAACAUUUAAAGGAAAUUGUUCAAUACGUAAUCUAUAAUGUGGCAUGAUAUAUUUCCUUUAAAGAUCCGCUAUCCAUAAUAGCGAAAUAACUUCCACUUUAGUUUCGGCCGAUACGUAUUAUAUGUGUUAAGGGCGAUAACUCGUAGAUAUUAAUUUUUUAUAACUUUGCCGGUUAUGAUAGAGUAAGACCUACUUUCUUGUUGAUACCUACAUUAUACAUAGUAAUGACCACAUCAUAUCUACCGUAGAUAUAUAUAACAUGGCGGCUUUACCAGCGUGGACCAGUAAACCUUAACAAUAUCACCUCUAUGAUAUACGAUCGGUCUCUGUCAUCCUGGGGAUGUGAUGAUAAUCUGUAGAUAUUUUAAUAAACGGGAUUAUAGCUCAAGUGCAUUAAAGUUAUUCACGUAAAAUGAUAUAAAACUGUAUCCUUAUUCAUGAAAAUGUAAAUAGAAUACUGAUAACUAAUGAUGACCUGGUGUAUAUACGUUGGUAUUAGUGACACCUACCUGUGUUAAACUUUAUCAUCAGGCAGUAUCUAAUAUCUAUAAAUCAAGGUCAUUGAUUAUUAAAACUACUUUAUGAAGCUGUCAGAAAUAAGAGUACAGGUCUUAAUAUGAGUUAAUUAAUAGUAAAGGACUAUAUUAACAAUACGUGAUGGAUUAUACUAAAGUAGCGACUUUCUGUUGUUUACUUUGUGUGGUUGUUGGUGCCGCUUUGAUCCCAGAGAAGGACUAUCAUUGUAUGUUUCCUGUAACAUGGCAGAGCAGUGUGUUCAUGGAUUCCGGGAUGAUGAUAUGGAUUCCGGAACAGAUGAAUGCAUCAGGAACCUACUUCUAUGACCACCCGAACAAACAAAUGAGACUGGACGUCUCUGGCUAUGCUCUAGGGAACUACCAUUUCUCUUUUACAUUUAUCUGGAAAUUGCUUGAGAAAGAGGUGUAUACCAUUGACAACAACAACAAAACAUGCGGUAAAGAGGCCGACACCAUUGGAGUUUGGAACCAGUGGGCGGGAGUGCCACAAGACGCCGUGAAGGAAACAUUUGGUGGUUUGGGUGGUUUUAAAGUGAUCGUAUCAAGAUAUUCAUUGGUCAGGGACAGUGGUGAUACGGACUCGUUAAUCACUUUGGACGUCAACGAAGAUUCUCUUUGUACUCCUGUGCGCGUGUCAUUCCAAGACACCCACCUGGACCCCAUCGCUGGAGAAAUGGUGAAUUAUGAAUUUCUGGACGUUAUGCCGCUCAGUGACCCAACGGUGUUCAAUACUCCUUCUCAUUGUCCUAACACAACGAGACAGGAUACUGAGUUGAUCAGAAGAUUACUACCAAGUCGACACAUCAGUAUAUUUACGGGUUAAUUGCUUCACUGAAAUGAAUAUUUCUUUUUCUUAACUUAAUAAACAAACUGGUUACACAG